UGACACUGGAACUUGACUUCAUUUGCACAGGCCAGCAGCUCCCCAGGGAUCCUCCAGGUGUUCAGCACAGGACUGGAACUGCUGAGGCCCCAGCCCCGCCCACUGAGCAGCUGCUGGUUCUCAGCCUCCCCUGUGCAAGCCCACAUCAGUUUUGUGCAUGAUAUUUGUUCGGGCUCACACGUAUGCUGUGGAAAGACUAUGGAGGUCAGCCAGGCAUAGAGGUGUUCACUCUGGAAGCCGAGGAAGGCAGAUCUCGAGUCUCGCGUCUUGAACUUGUUCUGGGGCUGACUUAAUCUUGACCCGAUCUUCGGUCCUCCGCGGCCUAGGAUUACAGCGAGAGGUGCGACUGGGGGGUCCACAGCAAGCCCAGCGCUGGGAGACCUGGGGCGAGCCGCCGACCCUCUCUGAGACUUUAUGCAAAGCGCCUAAGGAGGGAUUCCGGGAGCCGCACUAACCGAGACGGGAGGGAUUGGUGGGAAUAAAGAGUCCGUGGCCACCAGUUCUGCUCCAGGAGCCCGAUUGCCUCUGGCAACCUCACUGAGCAGUCUGCGCUUCCUCCACGAUGGACGCACGGACGGUGCUGCUGGGCCUGCAAAUCAUGUCGCUCCCGCUCCUGGGUCACUGUGCAGCUGCCACUCCCACCCUGAGAUUUGUGGCUGUUGGUGACUGGGGAGGGGUCCCCAAUGCCCCCUUUCACACAGCCCGGGAAAUAGCCAACGCUAAAGAAAUCGCCAGAACCGUGCAGAUUAUGGGUGCUGACUUCAUCAUGUCCCUGGGGGACAACUUCUACUUCACUGGAGUGCGUGAUGACAAAGACAAGCGGUUCCAGGAAACCUUUGAGGAGGUGUUCUCUGACCGUGCCCUCCGCAAUAUCCCCUGGUAUGUGUUGGCUGGGAACCAUGACCACCUUGGCAAUGUCUCAGCACAAAUUGCUUACUCCAAGAUCUCCAAGCGCUGGAACUUCCCAAGCCCUUACUAUCGUUUGCACUUCAAAAUCCCACGGACAAACGUAACCGUGGCCAUCUUCAUGCUGGACACAGUGAUGCUGUGCGGCAACUCUGAUGACUUCGUCAGCAAGCAGCCCAAAAUGCCCCGAGACCUGGGAGUGGCCCGGAGUCAGAUGUCCUGGUUCAAAAAGCAGUUGGCAGCAGCCAAGGAAGACUACAUUUUGGUGGCUGGCCACUACCCCAUCUGGUCCAUUGCUGAACAUGGACCCACCCGCUGCCUGGUCAAGCACUUGCGGCCACUGUUGGCCACAUACGGGGUCACUGCCUACCUCUGUGGACAUGAUCACAACUUGCAGUAUCUUCAGGAUGAGAAUGGAGUGGGCUAUGUGCUGAGUGGGGCUGGCAACUUCAUGGACCCCUCCGUGCGGCACCAAGGCAAGGUCCCCAAUGGCUACCUGCGCUUUCACUAUGGAUCUGAGGAAUCCCUGGGUGGCUUCACAUAUGUGGAGAUAAGCCCCAAAGAAAUGAGCAUCACCUAUGUGGAAGCUGCUGGAAAAUCACUCUUCAAGACCAGCCUCCCCAGACGACGCAGAUACUGAACACCUUCAGCUUGUCCCCUAUGGCUCUGAGGCAGGAAGCCUCUGCAGGCACGGUGGGUGGACGCUGUGAGGACCUCAGCCACGGGCAGCUUUUUCUCUGGCCCCUGGUGCUCUGACAGAGUGGGAAGGGAAACCACAGAGGCUUGCAUACAUGAAAGAAGUAUGUGCACACAGACUCACCCCACCCCACAGCCAGGUUUUGGGGUACAGCUUUCUUGGAGUAAGGCUUCUGAAUCAAGCAUUUUAUAGUCACUGCUAUUCAAUAAAAGAAUGCUUGCCAAGUC